CGGAGAGCAGAAGCUCCCAGCUCAUUCACUGCCCUUCAGGAAAGGCAGAGAAUAAAAGCUCUCUGACCCUCUUCUGCUUCAAAAAAAGCCCCUAGAGCUCGCGGGCAGCCUGCUGGCCGCUCCCUUCCCACGCCUGGACCAUGCCCCGCUGCGUCCUCCUGCGCGGCCACAGGCGAGGACUUGCUAUCUGCAGCUGAGAGCUAAAACUUUUUUGACUUUUCUUCUCCCCAACAACUGAACCAUGCCAUGUGCUCAGAGGAGCUGGCUGGCAAAGCUCUCGAUGGUGGCUCAGCUUCUUAACUUUGGGGCUUUUGGCCAUGGGAGACAAGCUCUGCCAGGCCCGGUUCGCUUCCCAGACCGGAGGCAAGAACAUUUUAUCAAGGCCCUGCCAGAAUACCAUGUGGUGGGACCAGUCCAAGUAGAUGCCAGCGGGCAUUUUCUGUCUUAUGGAGUGCAGCAUCCUGUUACCAGCGGCAGGAGAAAGAGAGCUGCGGGUGACUCUGAGGACCAGGUGUACUAUAGAAUUUCACAUGAAGAAAAGGACCUGUUUUUCAAUUUGACAGUCAACAGGGAGUUUAUGUCCAAUGGCUACGUUGUGGAGAGGCGGUAUGGGAACCUUUCCCAGGUUACGAUGGUGACUUCCUCAGGCUCACCCUGCCAUCUCAGGGGCACAGUUCUGCAGCAGGGCACCACAAUCGGGACAGCAGCCCUCAGUGCCUGCCAAGGACUGACUGGAGUUUUCCACCUACCACAUGGAGACUUUUUCAUUGAGCCUGUUAAAAAGCAUCCGCUGACUGAGGAAGGGUACCACCCUCACGUUGUGUACAGGAGUCCAGAGACAAAGGAGCCCACUUGCGGAUUAAAGGACAGUCUAGGUAACUCUGAGAAGCUAGAGCUACAGCGAGAGAAGUGGGAGAGAAAAAACUGGCCAAGAAGAAGCCUCUCCCGGCGCUCCAUAAGCAAGGACAGAUGGGUGGAGACACUCGUGGUGGCUGACACAAAGAUGAUUGAGUACCACGGAAGUGAGAACGUGGAGUCCUACAUCCUCACCAUCAUGAAUAUGGUGACGGGGUUGUUUCAUAACCCAAGCAUUGGCAAUGCAGUCCACAUUGUUGUGGUUCGACUCAUUCUGCUUGAAGAAGAGGAGCAAGGAUUGAAGAUAGUUCAUCAUGCAGAGAAGACACUGUCCAGCUUCUGCAAGUGGCAGAAAAGCAUCAAUCCCAAGAGCGACCUCAACCCUGUCCAUCACGAUGUGGCUGUUCUUAUCACCAGAAAGGACAUCUGUGCUGGUGUCAAUCGCCCUUGUGAGACCCUGGGGCUGUCGCAACUAUCAGGAAUGUGCCAGCCUCACAGGAGCUGCAACAUCAAUGAAGAUUCUGGCCUACCCCUGGCUUUCACCAUUGCCCACGAGCUCGGGCACAGCUUUGGCAUCCAGCAUGAUGGAAAAGAAAAUGACUGUGAGCCUGUGGGCAGGCACCCAUACAUCAUGUCCCAGCAAAUUCAGUACGAUCCCACCCCACUGACAUGGUCAAAAUGCAGCAAAGACUACAUCACCCGCUUCCUGGACCGGGGCAGGGGAUUCUGUCUUGAUGAUGUUCCCAAGAAGAAAGGCUUGAAGUCCAAUGUCAUUGCUCCUGGAGUGAUCUAUGAUGUCCACCACCAGUGCCAGCUCCAAUAUGGCCCAAAUGCUACAUUCUGCCAGGAAGUGGAAAAUGUUUGCCAGACACUGUGGUGCUCUGUGAAAGGCUUCUGCCGCUCAAAGCUGGAUGCUGCUGCAGACGGGACGCGCUGUGGUGAAAAGAAGUGGUGUAUGGCUGGAAAGUGUAUCACGGUGGGGAAGAAACCAGAGAGCAUCCCAGGAGGCUGGGGACGCUGGUCAUCUUGGUCCCACUGCUCCAGGACCUGCGGGGCAGGAGCACAGAGUGCCGAGAGGCACUGCAACAACCCCGAACCAAAGUUUGGCGGGAAAUACUGCACUGGAGAAAGAAAACGCUAUCGCUUAUGCAACGUCCGUCCCUGCCGCUCAGAUACUCCGACUUUCCGGCAGAUGCAGUGCAGUGAAUUUGACACUGUUCCCUACAAAAACGCAUUCUAUCGCUGGUUCCCAGUGUUUAAUCAAGCACAUCCUUGUGAGCUGUACUGCAGACCCAUAGAUGAGCAGUUUUCCGAGAAAAUGCUGGAUGCUGUCAUCGACGGAACCCCUUGCUUUGAAGGUGGCAGCAGCAGAAAUGUCUGUAUUAAUGGCAUAUGUAAGAGGGUCGGCUGUGACUAUGAGAUUGAUUCUAAUGCUACUGAAGAUCGCUGUGGUGUGUGCCUUGGAGACGGAUCUGCCUGCCAGACUGUGAAGAAGCUGUUUAGACAGAAGGAAGGAUCCGGUUAUGUUGACAUCGGACUUAUUCCCAAAGGGGCAAGGGAUAUAAGGGUAAUGGAAAUCAAGGCAGCUGGAAAUUUCCUGGCCAUUAGGAGUGAAGAUCCAGAAAAGUAUUACCUCAAUGGAGGGUUUAUUAUCCAGUGGAAUGGGAACUAUAAACUGGCAGGGACCGUCUUCCAGUACGACAGGAAAGGCGAUCUGGAGAAGCUGAUGGCUCCAGGCCCCACCAACGAGUCAGUGUGGAUCCAGCUCCUCUUCCAGGUGACUAACCCCGGUAUCAAGUAUGAGUACACAGUCCGGAAAGAUGGCCUUGACAAUGACGUGGAGAAGUUUCUGUACUUCUGGCAGUUUGGCCGCUGGACCGAAUGCAGUGUGACGUGUGGGACAGGUAUCCGCCGCCAGACUGCCCACUGUGUUAAGAAGGGCCAUGGGAUAGUGAAAGCCACCUUCUGUAACCCAGAAACACAGCCCAGUAGCAGACAGAAGAAGUGCUAUGAGAAGGAUUGUCCACCCAGGUGGUGGGCAGGGGAGUGGGAAGCCUGCUCGACAACAUGUGGGCCCUAUGGAGAGAAAAAGAGACCAGUGCUGUGCAUCCAGACCAUGGGCUCUGAUGAGCAGGCUCUCCCAGCGACAGACUGCAAGCACCUGCUGAAGCCCAAGGCCCUGGUUUCCUGCAACAGAGACAUUCUGUGUCCAUCAGACUGGACGGUGGGCAACUGGAGUGAGUGCUCUGUUUCCUGUGGUGGUGGAGUGCGGACGCGCAGCGUCAUGUGUGCCAAGAACAAUAACGAACCUUGUGACAAGACACGGAAACCCAACAGCCGAGCUCUGUGUGGCCUGCAGCAGUGCCCAUCCAGCCGCAGAGUUCUGAAACUCAAGAAAGAUGUAGGUCCCGGUGGGAAAGGCCAGCCAAUAUCAGAGGACGACCCCUUCAGGCCCAUCCCGGCACCUACGCCCAGGCCCACGCCACUGUCCACAUCCACGGUGCCUGAGUCUGUCAGCAGAAGCACCACAGCAAUCAGCAGCCACAGCCCCACUGUAGCACCUGAAGAACCAGAUGAGACAGCAUGGCAGAAGAGUUCAACCGAGACUAAAGAUGACUCGUACUUCCCUACUUCCUCUGGAAGUCCUUCCCAGACUCCCCUCACAUCCUGGUCUAUGAGUAUCCAGCCAGAUGACGAAAAUGUUUCUAGUUCAGCUAUAGGUCCUACUUCAGAGGGAGACCUUGGGACAACCACGAGUGAUUCUGGUUUAUCAUCUAGCCAUGCUGUGACUUGGCAAGUAACUCCAUUUUAUGAUACCUUGACCCCAGAUGCAGAAGUGGAGAUACACAGCGGCUCCGGGGAAGACAGUGACCAGUCUAUGAACAAGGAUGAAAACCACUCUGUGAAAUGGAACAAGGUCAGAGCACCUGAACAUGAGUCACCCAUGGAGAGGAAGGCAGAAGUACCACUUGAAACUCCACCGACAUCUUAUGUCGGUGAAGAGACCUCAUGGCCUCCCUUCAGUACAAUGACGGAAGGCUUGCUACCUGACUGGUCCCUUAAAAAUGAGACACCUAGAGCUGAUGGGGUAAUCACUGAAAAACCAAGAAACAUUUCACUCCCUCUUGGAGGAGGCCACGAGCCAACACCCUCAGAAAAAUUAGAAAACCAUGACCACUUGGCAUUGCCAAAUGAUACAAAUCCAGCCCAAGGCUCUGGGCCUGUCCUGACUGAGGAAGAUGCAUCUAGUCUGAUUGCUGAGGGAUUUCUGCUAAAUGCUUCCAACUACAAGCAGCUGAUGAAGGACCACAGCCCUGCAUACUGGAUUGUCGGAAACUGGAGUAAAUGCUCCACCACCUGCGGGCUGGGGGCCUACUGGAGGAGCGUGGAGUGUAGCACCGGGAUGAAGGCUGACUGCGCAGCCAUUCAGAGGCCAGACCCUGCUAAGAAGUGCCACCUCCGCCCCUGUGCUGGCUGGCGAGUGGGCAACUGGAGCAAGUGCUCCCGAAACUGCAGUGGAGGCUUCAAGAUCCGUGAGAUCCAGUGCAUGGACAGCCUGGACCACCACCGGAGCCUGAGGCCCUUUCACUGCCAGUUCCUAGCCGGCCUCCCUCCUCCGCUGAGUAUGAGCUGUAACCUGAAGCCUUGUGAAGAAUGGCACGUGGAGCCCUGGAGCCAGUGCUCUAGGUCCUGUGGAGGAGGUGUUCAGGAGAGAGAAGUGUCUUGCCCAGGAGACCUCUGUGAUUGGACAAAAAGACCUGCAUCCACUAGGCCCUGCAACAGUCACCUUUGCUGCCAGUGGUCCACAGGGGACUGGGACCUGUGUACCACUUCCUGUGGCGGUGGCUCUCAGAAGAGGACCGUUCUCUGUAUCCCCUCAAAAAACAGUACAACUGAAGAUCACCAGUGCCUCUGUGACCAUGAACUCAGACCCCCAGAAUUCCAAAAAUGCAACCAGCAAGCCUGUAAGACGAGCGCUGAUUUAACGUGCACACAGGACAGGCUUUCCAUCAGCUUCUGCCAGAUGCUGAAAUCCAUGGGGAAAUGCUCUGUGCCCUCAGUAAGAGCCCAGUGCUGCCUCUCGUGUCCGCAGACACAGAGCAUCCACACCCAGAGGCAGAGAAAACAGCAGUUGCUCCAAACUCAUGGCCCCCUCUAGAACGAAGCCACCAUCAUCAACCUUCCCAGCCUGCUGCCCAAGAACAUGGUCCAGAAGGUCACUUCAUUAAUAUUUCACUUUACAUAUUCUAGGUUCAACUUUGGGUCAUAACAAAAUGCAAUAUGCUUGUCUAGCCACAAAAUAUUCUUCACCGAAAGCUUGGUGCUAGCUGCUCCCUGAUAGGAAGACAAGGUAUUUGAGAGAAUUCUGCAGCAACUGAGAUGAGUUCCUGGGAAAGUACCAGAUUCGGCAAGUCUGUGAAAGAGAUGUCUUCUCCCCUUUAAAGAUAAAAGUAGAGAACAGGUUUUUCCCAAACUACCUCAAGAGUAUCAAGAAGCAGAGCCACACUUACCCAGGGAAGAGAUAAUCCUUUUAAUUUGUCUUCAUGUAUAUAUCCUCCUUGGCUGUCUUGGGUAGCCGCCAGUGCAAUUUUUAGGGACAUUCACUCAAUAGUUACUAAGGAGAGGAAGAAGUGCCAGCUGGCCCCCAGUCUUCCCCCCAUCCCAGCAGGACUUCACAAUUGGAAGUCUCAAAUCUUGGGAGAGACCGUGGAGAUUUGAGAUUGAGAAGAUGCACAGAUGUCCAUGCAGCCCACAGAGAUCAGAGCAGUGAUUCAGAAGUCACCCCUGACUUCAGCUCAGUUUCUAUUGGAAAUCCUACAGCUGCAAAUGAACGCAAAUCAACUUCUUGCUAGCAUAAGAAAGAAAAUGCAACCUUUUUUUUUUCUGAAUUUUCCUGGCUUCCACAGAACAGAUGACUGCCAUUCUCUCUCCUGUCCUGCUUCUUUCUGUCUGGGUCAUGACCUCAGGCCCUACCAUCCUCCCAGUGCAAAGGGAUCAUGCACAAAAACUCCUAUAACUAGAGUGAUGGCUGUCAAUCAACCUAUCUCUCCGAAGAGGAAAAGUGAGGUUACAGGUUAAACCACUUCAAAGAUUCAGAUAAAUUAUACUAAGUGUAGGAAUUUAGUAGAAAUUUAUAGUUUAGGUAGAAGGAUCUAAAAAGUAAGAGAGAUGAUUUAUUUAGUGUACCCAUUAGCGAUUUUUAAAACUCUCUUGCCUCUAGAGAGAGCUGGGGUAGAAUUCAUAUUUAGCAUGUGCAAGUAUGUAGGUUUGAUCUCUAGCAACACACAUGCAUGUUUAUAUGCAUACACACAUAAACAAAGGCUAAGCUACCUUGUGGUGACCAGGCAAGUCAAGAGGGUCCGGAACACUGAAAGAGAAGUUAAAACGCUUAUUCCAGACACCGCCUUCUACUGAAGGCAGAGUAGGCCAUGAUUAGAACUCAGAGCGAAUUUCCAGGUGAGCCAGUGGACCGAAGCUAGACAGAUGGGUGUGUCCAGACAGAUAAGCCCCCGAGAAAGAGCUCAGAACCAGCCCUUGACAGGGUUUGAAGCAACGUAUGCCUACGUGUGAUGGAUCACAUAGUGGCAGGCUUACGCACCAAUAUGUAUCAUCUUUAUUCUGGAGUACAGUCUCCCACAUCUCCCUGGAGCCAGCUACUCACUCAGCAGAGUGGUGCUAUUGAACCUGGUGCUAAUACCUAGAUGGUGGAGGAGGUAACAGAGACAUUAGCUCGUAGUCAUAUGAAUAAGUAUAUAUGAACUUCCAGAUAGACAUCUGCUUUGCGUGAGAUGGUGCUGCAGGCUAAAGCCAGUUUUACUUGCUCUGAGACCAUGAACAUAACAUUAUAUAUUAUGUGUUUUUAAACUCUUUUUUUUUUUUUUGGCUUUUUGAGAAAGAGUUUCUCUGGGUAGCCCUGGCUGUCCUAGAACUCACUUUGUAGACAGGCUGACCUCCAACCCACAAAGCUCUGCCUGUCGCUGCCUCCUGAAUACUAGGAUUAAAGGCAUGCAUUGCUACCACCCAGCACUUUCAAACUCCUUUCCAAGUCACUGGUAUGUAUUAUUCUAGUCAGUUCCUGUGGAAAACAAAACACUGGGCUUUGGAUAAGAUUCAAAGGAAUACCAGAAAUAGGAGAAAGUACAUAUUUGCCAGGGAAAUUAUGUGUAGGUAAGCAUACUUUCUUAUACUCUGUCUGUAAAUAUAAACACUGCUGGUCAAUGACACGCUCUGAUGAAAUGGAAAUUUCAGAGACAUACUUACUUGUAUUAUUUUAUCAGUGGCAUGAAUGGAGAAGCAGAGGAGAACCUGACUUUUUCUAAUGAGAAAAUUUGCAAAGACUAGUAGUCUAGGCUUUCGGAUGGGAUAAUUUAGUAAACCAUGUGAAUUUAGCUUAACCUGGUACUGUUCUAGCACAGGGUAAAGUACAAUCCGUCAGAGUCCUGGGUGUGACCAGGCUUACAAAACUCAGGAACAAACCUGGAUUCCUACUGACCUCAGCAAGUUAAACUAGGCCAGAUUGCUCAAUACAAAAAAUAAACCAUGUCAUUUGUUGCCCAUGUGGUGGAGAACAUCAAAAGCCCGUGAAGAGGGUCUGGCCAGGUGCUCUGUUCUAGAUCUUUCACCAGUUACUCAAUACAAUCCUGGCUAUCCCUUUCUUCUAGCAGAGUGGAACUCCUAUGGUAUGUGUCAUUUGUGCAUGCUGUUCAGUUGUCACCUGCUCAACCAUGGGCUACCGGUGUUUCCAUAGAACCUUGAUGCUUGAGAUGCUAGAAGAACCUUGGUUGUUAGGAUGACUCUGACAGCAAGAAUUGGUAGUGUCUUCACGGUCAAAUAUGAAGCUUUGGUUUAUUUCAUCCAUGUCCUUCUUCAGUAACCUCUUGAAGGUGUGAGCAAGAAGUUGAGCAAGAGACACUGGAUACACACUUACCAUGAGCCAGAGAGGUCCACCUCAGGAUCUUGUGCUUAAAUACAUCACUUCGGGUUUACAUUGCUUUUCAGAGUGGUAGACUUAGUUCUUCUCCAAAAAGUUAUAGGCUAUUUAAUUCUUGCACAUCAAAACAGUAUUGUGUCAUAAGAGUACAAUAUUUCCUGGAAACUUCAUCGUGACUACUUUGUUCAAGUCAUGAAUCAUGUCCCAUAACAAAGGAUUGCUUUCUUGUGUAGGAAUAACUGUUCAGUCAUACGUUUUCUAAAGCAAGAGCACACACACACACACCUCCUCUGUUCUCCUGAGACAACUAUGUCUCCACUGGCAUUCCAAUGCAAUGCUUUCAGGGAAUCUGUUUUGAACAACCUCCAUCAAGAAUCUGAAACACAGUUUGAGGCUUAUAGUAUUUCAGACCCUAACUUUCCACCUAGCUAGCUGAAGUUCUCUGAAAGCUACGUGUUGCAAGCCUAGAGAGUACAAGUCUUGACUUUCUCCUUUCUCACUUCAAGAUAAAGCUCUGGGACAGGCUAUCUGGUGCUCAAUCCACAGUGAUCCGCUUUCCCAGGGAAAGACCACAUGUCAUGAGAUUCCUGGUGCUAUAACCUAUCCAAUAUAUUUGAUAUACUCUUGUUGCUAAAUAAAAUAUGUCUUUUAAUUCAAGUAUUUUUAUUUUAAGUUGUGUCAGUAAAAGUAAUGUGGUAGGGGAAAUGUCUUUCUACCUAUUAUUGCCCUCCCAAAUGGUGGUAUGACAUACAUGACUAGUUCAUUGUCUUAUGCUCCCCCACUCCUUAUGUACCGGAUGAGUACCUCGGUAUUAAAAUCAGAUUGUAAUUAUAGCUUGUCUUUGUGUGGCAUCAAUAAAUGGUCAAACUCA